GCUAGCUCCGCACACUGUCAGAGAGAGCAGAGAGAGGGGGUGCGAGAGAGCGCACGCUCAACUAUCAGGUCACCCAGCUCGUAAAAUCUGUAGUGUUCUAACAUUGAGAACAGAGAGGAGCAAGAAGACUUAAUUUAACAGAUGCAACACACACUGCGCUUUCAGAAAUGCAUGGAUUAUGGGAACAACAUUGCGUGUUUACACCUUACAUUUUCAAUUUGUCAGGCUUUUUGGUGACAGUAAAAGAGUAGCAGGAAGACUUCAGGAGUGUUUUCAAAGAGGACAAAAUGAAGCAAACCUCUGGACUGAAUGGCUGGAUGAAGGAUGCAAUGAAACAAAGAAGGAUACAUGACCUUUAACCGAACCUGGGAGGUAACAAACUUUUGUCUUUGAGAGUCUGUCAACAUUAAUGAGGGGCAUUAUGAACUUGCAUGCCAACAUUUCAAAACCUGCACCUAAAAGCAUCUUCCCCUCUUCAAACCUGAUGCCCUUUGACCCUGAUACAUGGACACAGAGUCCGGACAUCAUGCUGGGCAAUGUGGUGCGCAACAUUUCGUUUGGCUGUAACAAAAGUUGGGCUGAUGCAACUCUCUUUCCCAAUUUAUCCAUAAGUGGUACUUCCAGUGAAAAAACAGAACUGCUGUCAUGGCAAAGGUGCAACGGUGAGAUGAGUACAGAGGAGUUAGUUCGGAAAAACUGGGCUGCGCUACUGAUUUUGGUUGUGGUCAUUAUUACGGUUACGGGGAACAUUUUAGUGAUCUUGGCUGUCAAUCUGGAACGAAAACUGCAAAAUGCCACCAAUUACUUUCUCAUGUCAUUGGCAGUGGCAGAUAUGCUUCUGGGACUUCUGGUCAUGCCUGUCUCCAUGGUGACCAUUGUGUAUGGUUACUCCUGGCCCCUCCCUGCAUCACUGUGUCCCAUGUGGAUCUAUCUGGAUGUUCUCUUUUCCACCGCCUCCAUCAUGCAUCUGUGCGCUAUUUCCCUGGACCGUUAUGUGGCCAUCCGUAACCCCAUCCGACACAAUCGGUCAAACUCACGCUCCCGUGCCUGGGCCAAGAUCACGGCCGUCUGGACCAUCUCAGCAGGCAUCUCCAUGCCUAUCCCAGUGCUGGGUCUGCGCGAUCACACCAAAGUUUUCAAGGAUGGCAGCUGCCUAUUGACUGACAACUCUUUUGUGUUGGUUGGGUCCUUUGUGGCCUUCUUUGUACCAUUGACCAUUAUGGUGGUGACCUACUUCCUGACUAUCAGCGCUCUGCAGAGUGAGGCCACGCUCUGCCUUGACCAACUGGUGCCCAGGCCCAAAUGGAGCACAGGAUUCACGCUCAACUUCCUUCCCGGACCCUCAUUCUUACCCUCAGAGAAAAAACUAUUCUUGCGGCGCUCGUUGAGCCGCGAGGCAGGGCCAGAAUCGGGGGUUGUGACGCCACCUUUCGGACGGCAUACAGUGCAGUCCAUUAGCAAUGAGCAAAAAGCCUCCAAAGUUCUGGGCAUUGUCUUCUUCCUGUUCGUGGUCAUGUGGUGUCCAUUUUUCAUCACCAACGUUUUAGCGGUGGUUUGCGAGCCAGCAGUAUGUGACGCCGAUGUGAUGAACAGACUGUUGAAUGUGUUUGUGUGGGUCGGUUACCUUUCAUCCGCUGUUAACCCGCUGGUUUACACGCUCUUCAACAAGACUUACCGCUCUGCCUUCACUAGAUACAUCCGAUGCCAGUUUCAUGAGGAGAAGAAACCGUUACAACUUAUUCUGGUCAACACCAUUCCACCGCUGGCCUAUCAGUCCACACACAUGCCGCUCACUGGAUCAAUAGGCAAUGGGGAUUUCUCUCUGCCCCUUCCCAAUAAAAAACACCAUCUGUCCAAAAGCAGCAAAAAUGAGAGUGUCAGCUGCUUGUAAAUUCACUACAUGAACUCAGAAAAAUGCCAAGUGUAACCCUGGAUUUUCUUCUGGGUUUCAUGUUUGGCAUUCUCUCCGUCUUACCUCUACAGAAAUCAGCUCCAAUUGGUCUAAAGUACUAGUUUUCAAAGCCCAGCUGCAUCUAUGGAUGAACGGCUUCACAGUAAUGACUUUAUCACAGGGUACUGGUACAUCAAAAGACCUUCGUCUAAUCAAGAUGUGUCCUGACAAUAAAUGUCAGUUGAAUCACUGGGGUAAAUCUUCUCUGGUUAUAAAAACUGUAUAUAAGUGUUAAGUCAGAGUUUCCGUUUCAUGUCAAGACUUUGUUUUUUAUGUAGCAUUUUAUAUGACAGAGAGUGAAGUCUAAAUUCAUGGGAGAUCAGCAGUGUUUUGUUUCCAGUGUCUGAUUUUUGAAAACAGGUGUGGAUUAAAGUUGUGAUGUGACUAGAGUUUUUAUACUGCAUCAAACAGUUCGUAUAAGCUGAUGUUUGUGCUGCUGGUUUGUCAUUUUAGCAGACAUUUUAGUUCUCUUGAAGGACAAAAUACCGUUUUGGUUUUUGGACCAGCACUUUACCUUUAAAAGUAUGGAACAAACUGAAGUGUCUAUGGUCAAAAAAUAAGGACCACUUUUAUUUGAUUAUAAGAAGAGGCAUUUUUCAAUGAUGGCAUUUUUCACGACCUAAAAGAACCUUAUAGAAGCCUG